AUGACGUUGGCAGAAAACCUGCGAAAGAAUAUAAAGCUGGUUCACAUGGUCAAAUUUCGUAAAAAUAAUCAUAACUUGGCUGACUUUCAAUUUGGCGCAAAAUUUGAACCACUUUUGAAAGUUAAGCGAAGAGUCGAAGUCAAUGAUGAGUCAAAGUGUGCAGAUGCAAAUUUGUCAGUUCAGCGUUGCGAACGGAUCGUGAAUCCGACUUUUGAUUCCGGCACCACUUCUACCUCGACGAUGGUCGGAUCCGGUAUUAUCUCAGAUCUUCUUUCCACGAAUCUUCGAAUCUUUCCGGGAUGUCGCAAUCUAUAA